AUGCACAACCUCGCCGGGCUGGGCAGUGAGACCCCAAAGAGUCAGGUAGGCGGCCUGCUCACACGCCUAUCCGUGUCCCGGAGACGAGCAUCUGAAUCUUCCCUGUCGUCUGAGUCCUCUGAAUCUUCUGAUGCAGGUCUUUGCAUGGAUUCUCCCAGCCCCAUGGAUCCCCAGAUGGCAGAGCAGACGUUUGAACAGGCCAUCCAAGCAGCCAGCCGGGUCAUCCGAAACGAGCAGUUUGCCAUUCGACGCUUCCAGUCCUUACCGGUGAGGCUUCUGGGCCACAGCCCUGUGCUACGGAACAUCACCAACUCCCAAGCACCUGGCAGCUGGAGGAAGAGAGAGGCGUGUGGCCGAGCUGCCCGCAGCUCUGGGGAGGACAAAGAGAAUGAUGGAUUUGUUUUCAAGAUGCCAUGGAAACCCCCACAUCCCAGCCAUGCCCAUGCUUUGGAAGAGUGGGCUGACCGAAGAGAAGCCUUUGCCCAGAGACCAAGCUCAGCCCCCGAUCUGAUGUGUCUCACCCCUGAGCGGAAGAUGGAAAUAGAGGAGUGGAGUCCCCCAGCCCGAUCCCGCUUCCCCCUGACUGCCACCCAGGGGUCCUCUGAGGAAGAUGAUGGAUUUGUGGACAUCCUGGAGAGUGACUUAAAGGAUGACAAUGUGGUCCCCCCAGGCAUGGAGAGCCUCAUUAGCGCCCCACUGGUCAAGACCUCAGAAAAGGAGCAAGAGCAGGACCUCAUCAUAUACAGCAAGUGCCAGCGGCUCUUCCGUUCUCCGUCCAUGCCCUGCAGCGUGAUCCGACCCAUCCUCAAGAGGCUGGAGCGGCCCCACGACAGGGACCUGCCCAUACAGAACAAGCGGAGGAAGAGCGUCACCCCUCCAGAGGAGCAACGGGAGGCCGAGGAACCUAAAGCCCGUGUCCUCCGCUCAAAGUCCUUGUGUCAUGAUGAGAUUGAGACUAUCCUGGACAGUGACCACCGAGAACUGAUUGGGGAUUACUCCAAGGCCUUCCUUCUGCAGACUGUGGAUGGGAAGCACCAAGAUCUCAAGUACAUCUCACCAGAAACGAUGGCAGCCCUGUUGGCAGGCAAGUUCAGCAAUAUUGUGGAGAGGUUUGUGAUUGUGGACUGCAGGUACCCCUACGAGUAUGAAGGCGGGCACAUUAAGACUGCCGUGAACUUGCCCCUGGAACGGGAUGCUGAGACCUUCCUGCUACAGAGCCCCAUCACACCCUGUAAUCUGGACAAGAGAAUCAUCCUCAUUUUCCACUGUGAAUUCUCAUCUGAACGCGGUCCCCGCAUGUGCCGUUUCAUCAGGGAGCGUGACAGAGCCGCCAACGACUAUCCCAGCCUCUACUAUCCUGAGAUGUAUAUCCUCAAGGGCGGCUAUAAGGAGUUCUUCCCCCAGCACCCGACCUUCUGUGAGCCCCAGGACUACCGGCCCAUGAACCAUGAGGCCUUUAAGGAUGAGCUGAAGACCUUCCGUCUGAAGACACGCAGCUGGGCUGGGGAGAGGAGCCGGCGGGAGCUCUGUAGCCGCCUGCAGGACCAGUGAAGGCCAGCACCAGUCCUGCCUACCUUCUCUUCCUCGUGGCCUGGGUGCCAGCCACCUAGGGCCCUGCAGGGCUGAGGGUCUGCUGGAGGCCCCAGGUGCCAUCCAGGGGAAGGGCAGUGAGGGUGUCCUGUCUGUCUGCCCCCAGCCCUGGUCCCCAUGUCUCCAUUCAAUCAUACUUCAGACCCUUGUCCCACCCCCACCCCAGCCCAGCCCCUGGAGGAGCCCAGCCUGUUGAUUUGGUGAAAUUGGAUUAUGUCGAGCUCUAAGGAAGUAUUUUGUGUCCAGCAGGGACCUUUUUUGCUUUUUUUCCUUCCUUGUUUGAGUUAACCCUUUGUCUUCCCAUGUCCAGAAAAGACCCACCUUUUCUCUAGGGCCAGAGGGCCAGAGGUUUGUAUGUGGCCAGAGGAAAGCCACAGCCCCCCAGGAUGGGCCAAGGCAGAAUUCCUCCCUGUGAGGGGAGCUGACACUGCAGCCGGGCCCUCUCUAGCACUCCUGGGUGUGUCUGCCAUGUUUUCUUUCUCUUUCUCUUUCCUGUCCCUCCACAUGAACACCUCCAGCACAAACAUAACCUCUUACUCUUUCCUGUUUCAGUGUUACCCGCACGCUUGAUUCAUUUGUCUGAUUUGUUGACCAUCUCAGGAUAUUCACAGGCUGAGGAUUAGGCUCCCCUCUCCAGCUGGGGUUAGAGACUCUGAACAUUAAUUAGCCACUUGACCCUAGCUCUUCAGGGGCCCUUGGGCCAGGGCUAAGGCCUGCAUCCUGAGCCCCUGGAAGUCCAGACCUCACUGCUGUGAACCCCGGGGCCUGACUGGUCAGAAUUUGCUGCUGUCUUGUUGUGGAUGGACAGAUGGACGAAUGGACGGAUGACGGAUGGAUGGAUGGAUAGCCAUGGAUGCCCAAUGCCUUGCACACACAAACUGCUGAGUUGAAGCAUUUCAGUGAGCAUGACAGCCUGCGGCAAGAAUAUAUAUGUGUCUGUCUGUGUGGACAAACUCUUUACACUUUAAGGUUUGGAAAUAUUCAAGAUGAAAUGUUAUAGAAGCAGCGAAGCCAAGGACAGAGCCACGUCCGGAUUCCGAAUCUCAGGAUGUGUGGGGGGCUGUGCUUGAAGGCCCAGAUGAGUCAUCUGUUUGGGCCUUGGUUCAAUA